UCAAUAGCCUGCGGUCACACUGCAGCACGUGCACGUUGUUUUAAAACUUCGUUUUUGUUUUUGAGAGUUUCUUUAAUUUAUAGCUUUGGCACCAUGUCCAAGGCCCCACCGAAAGGGCGCGCGAAGCCCAAGGUACCCUACAAACGCUAUUUCGACACAGACAAUGCCGCUGCCGAUGGCGACACCGCUGGCUUGCAGCCAGUCAAGUUAAAGCGCAAGAAUCAACAAAAUGUUGUGGGGGAAUUCAUCAGAAUGCAAACGCAGUCGAAAGCCAGCAAGCCACUGCGUCCCAACAAGGUCAAAGCCGAGGCGACUGACCCAGACGAGGCCCGGAAGAGCCACGUACCACCGGAGCUGCUGGCCAAGUACUCGCGAGGUGAAAAGGUAGAGGCGCGCGGCGUCAAGACGAGGCACUUUAAGGAGCAGCAAGAGCGCAAGGAGGUGUACCUGGACUAUGCCACAGAACAGGCGGCACGCACAGAGCUGCUGCUGCAGGAGACCGCCGGCCAGUUGGGUGCCGACGAGGGCGAGAUAACGGCCGAGUAUCGCCAGGAGCAGAUUGCGGCCAAUGUGGAUCUGCAGUCGGCGUCCAAGCACUUCCAACUUAAAUUGGAGUUCGGCCCCUACACCAUGCGAUACUCAAAGAACGGACGUCAUCUGCUUCUGGGCGGCAGGCGUGGCCAUGUCGCCGCCUUCGAUUGGGUCACCAAGAAGCUCCACUGCGAAUUCAAUGUGAUGGAGAGCGUGGCCGAUGUCCAGUGGCUGCACGUUCCCACCAUGUAUGCGGUGGCCCAGAAGAGCUGGGUCUACUUCUACGACAAGAAGGGCACGGAGCUGCACUGCGUCAAGCGCCUGACGAACGUGAAUCGACUUGAUUUUCUGCCCUACCACUUCCUUCUGGCUGCCGGCAACAGUGCGGGUUAUGCCUCCUGGCUGGACGUCUCCAUGGGCGAGCUGGUGGGUAAUUUCAACACCGGCCUGGGCGACAUACGCCUGCUGCGACACAAUCCCAGCAACGGUGUCCUGUGCGUGGGUGGCAGCCGUGGCGUCGUCUCCAUGUGGUCGCCCAAGGUGCGUGAGCCAUUGGCAAAGCUGCUCUGCCACUCGACAGCGAUGACGGCCAUGACGGUGGACCCCAAGGGCCUGCAUCUGGUCACCGCCGGCCUGGAUCGCAACGUCAAGGUCUGGGACAUCCGCAUGCUGAACGACCAGCCGCUGGCCCUCUUCCGCUUGCGUUUGCCAGCCAACGAGCUGGAUGUGUCGCAGCGCGGCAUGCUGGCCCUGUCCCAGGGCAACUAUAUGGAGACCUACACGGAUCUGCUGUCCGGCGGCGGCACUGGGGAUCGCACCAAGCUGCCCUAUCUCCGCCAGCGCUGUGAUGCCUUUGUCCAUGGCCUGCGCUUCUGUCCGUACGAGGAUGUUUUGGGUCUAUCCACGGCCAAGGGCUUCCACUCGGUGCUGGUGCCUGGUUCCGGUGAGCCCAACUACGAUGCCCUCGAGGACAAUCCGUAUGAGACCAGCAAGCAGCGACGCGAGCACGAGGUGCACGCCCUGCUCGAAAAGAUUCCACCCGAACUGAUCACGCUCGAUCCCAAUGAGAUCACCGGCGUCGAUGCGCCCACGUUGCAGGAGAAGAUCGAUGCCAAGCGACAGCUCUUCCACCUCAAGCCACCAGCCAUACGCAUGAAUUCCCGACGCAAGAUGAAGGGUCGCGGCGGCACUGCCAAGGCAUCGCGCAACAAGCAGAUUGUGAAAGAUACAAAGCGAAAGGAGUUUAUAGCGGAGGUGAGGCAGGCCAAGAAGAGCGUGAUCAAGCAGCACAGCAGCAGCAAGGAGUUGGCAGGGGACUCAAAGCCAAAGCCCCCACGCUCUGUCCUGGAUCGUUUCAAGCCGAAGCCCCAAAAAAAGCACAAAACCUGAAUGGAGUUCCAUCAUUAAUUGAGAGAAAAUAUAUUAGAGUAUAAACUAGA